GCAGCACCUGUCUUUGCUUCACAAACGGCAGGAUCGAAGUGCCCGCAUCUUCGACAGUGCCGUCCCACGAGUUGAACGCCUCCUCCAUGUCCACAUUCGAGGCCGCUGGUGCGAUGGCCUCCAAGACGGAGCUGUCGGCAAAGUCGACGCUGGCGCGAGGUUCCUCUUCCGAGCCCAUGUUACUUCUCGACGCUCGUCGGACGAGGGGCGGCAGCGUGAGGGCGGACUCACGUGCGGUGCGGCUGGUCAAGGUCGAGCUAGCCGCCCCAUGCAGGGAUCAUCUGGCCCGUGCGCGGUUCACGGCGGCCGUUGCCAAAACUUGCAUGUCGCGAGGCUGCGUUGGUGCAUUGCGACUCGACGCCCACGCUAACCACUCGUCGCGAUGAACAGCUAUCCGCCCCCCGUGGGCAUGGCGCCGCCUGCAUGGCGGGCUGUCAAGACGGCCGACGGCAAGGAAUACUACCACAACGCCGCGACGAAUGCGACGACGUGGGAGAAGCCGGACGAGCUCAAGGACGAGGUCGAGCGCGCGAUCGAGGGCUCGGGCUGGGCGCGGCAGACGUCGCCCGAGGGCAAGACGUACUACUACCACAAGGAGUCGCGCCAGACGACGUGGAAUGUCCCCGACGACGUCCGCAAGAAGAUGGAACAGGCCCAGGCGAAUAUGCCCCCGCAGCGCCCGCCCGCCGGCCCUGCCGCAUGGGCUGCGGGCCCCGCGCAGCUGCCGGCGGCCAGCGACUUCCGACGGCCCGAGCGCGACGAGUACCGCCCCGAGCGCGACGAGUACCGCGGCGACCGGCCCGAGCGCGGCGACCGCCGCGAGCGCGACGCGGGCUUCGGCGGCGACCGGCCGCGCGUCGAGUUCGCGACGGGCAGCGAGCUCCAGUUCUCCAGCGCGCAGGAAGCCGAGGCGGCCUUUGCAAAGGUGCUCCGGCAGAUGAAGGUCCAGCCCGACUGGACGUGGGCGCAGGCCGUGCGUGUCGGCGUCAGGGACCCCAACUGGCGCGCCAUCGCCGAGCCGGAGAAGCGCGAGGAGGCCUUUAAGCGAUACUGCGAGGACCUGCGCGCCCAGGAGAAGCACCGCGAGCAGGACCGCCGCGCCAAGCUGCGCGCAGACUUCACGGCCAUGCUCCGCUCGCACCCGGAAAUCAAGUACUACACCCGCUGGCGGACCGCGCUGCCGAUUGUCGAGGGCGAGACGGUCUUCCGCUCCGCCAAGGACGACGCCGAGCGUCGGCAGCUGUUCGACGAGUACAUUGUCGCGCUGAAGAAGGCCCACGAGGCCGACGAGGCGGCGAGCCGGACGGCGGCGCUCGACGACGUGCUCGACGUGCUGCGGGCGCUCGACCUCGAGCCCUUUACGCGCUGGCAGACGGCCGAGGCCAAGCUGGAGCAGAGCGACGACUUCACCGGCGGCAAGUUCCGCUCGCUGACCCGCAUGGACGUCCUCAACCAGUUCGAGAAGCACAUCCGCCAGCUCCAGCGCGACCACAACGACCGCGUCCAGGCCGAGCGCCGCGUCAAGCACCGCAUCGAGCGCAGGAACCGCGACGGCUUCACGAAGCUCCUGAACGAGCUCAGGGCCAGCGGCAGGCUCAGAUACGGCACAAAGUGGAAGGACGUCCACCCUCUCAUCGAGAGCGACCCGCGCUACACUGCCAUGCUUGGCCAGAGCGGCUCGUCGCCCGUCGACCUGUUCUGGGACGCUCUCGAGGAGGAGACGGGCAAGUUCCGCACGCUGCGGCGCUACGCCCUCGACGUGCUGGAGCACCAGCGCUUCGAAGUCACCACGGCGACCCCGGUCGAAGACUUUCUGGGUGUCAUGCGCAAAGACGCCCGCACCUCUAGCAUUGACGAGCAGUCGAUGCACGACAUCUACGCGUACAUUCUCGAAAAGGUCAAGAAGCGCGAGGACGACGAGCGCAAGAUGGAGGAGUCGGACGAGCGCCACGCAAUCGACCGUCUCCGCUCUGUCAUCAAGCGCCUCGAACCUCCUGUCGACGUUGGAGAUUUGUGGGAAGCGGUCCGUCCCCGUGUUGAGAAGACAGACGAGUACCGCGCGCUGAAGUCGGAUGCUCUCCGCGAGAGCGCAUUCGACAAACACAUGCAGCGCCUAAAGGACAAGGAGAACGAGCGCCGCGACCGCAGGCGUGACGACCGCCCGCGGAGCAGAGACCGACGCGACCGCGGCGACCGCGGCGACCGCGGCGACCGAGACCGUGAGUACCGCAACGGAGACUCUCACCGCCGUGAUGGCCAUCGCACGCGCACCCGCUCACCCGAACACGACCCGUACGCCGCCGAGCGCAGGCGCGCACAGCAGGACCGCGAAGCGAGAUACAGGGACACGGAGCGCACAGGUCUCUCGCCCCCGCGCCGCGCCCGCGACUUCCGCGACGACGAGCGCUACGAACGCCGCCGCAGCCCCGCAGGAGACCACUACAGCCGCGAGCGCCGGGACCGCGAAGUCGAGCGCGAGCGAACCUACCGCGCCGACCCGCUCAGCCGCGCCGAUCCGCGCGAGGGCAGCGUGAGCCUCGACUACGGCGACGGCACGGGACGCGCAGCGAGCUCCAGGCGCAGGCGCGAGAGCGACGCGAGCACCACCCGCCGCGACGUCAAGCGCCCCCGCUACUCCCCGCGCCCCGACCCGCGCCCCGACCCGCGGCCCAAGUCCAAGACGCCCGUCCCCGAGCCCGUCAAGGAAGACGACCGCGCGCUCCGGUCCGGCAGCGAGGAGGGCGAGAUUGAGGAGGAUUAGGUGUAGUGUUUGGUGGGAGACGCGCUUUGCUGAGCGACGCCAUCGCUGCCGGACCCGCUAUGAAAUACAUGUCACCAUCAAUGUAGACGCUAGCUUUGGCCAUCAAUGUAGACGCUAGCUUUGGCCAUCAAUGCAGACGCUAGCUUUCGCCAUCAAUGCAGACGCUAGCUUUGGCCAUCAAUGCAGACGCUAGCUUUGGCCAUCAAUGUAGACGCUAGCUUUGGCCAUCAAUGCAGACGCUAGCUUUCGCCAUCAAUGUAGAC